AGACGCGCUCUCUCAUUGGCUCAUCAUUGAUUUGUUUUUGCCUUUGCUAGGGCUUUAGCCGAUUACAAACAGCCUAACCGAUUGGCCACUGUACGCCUGCGCGUAAGAGUUAGAGAGCCAACAAAACAGCGAAGAGCUUCCACUCACACUUUGUUCUACAGAUUAACAAUCCUCCCGCCACCACCAACCUAUCAGGUCAUCCAAAUCAGUACUUUGGCUCCCCACAGCUGCCAUUGCAUUCCAUUCACAAUGGCUUCUAUGGCAAGUAAUAGCGGAAGGAUGAUGAUGAGAACAUCAUUGGCAAGGCAAUAUGCCAACGUUGGACCAAGUUCAAUGGCAGUUCGUUCAUUGAUGAUGGGAAGAUCUUUGGCCGGUGUCAAUACCUCAUCAUCCUCAGCAAUAACUCGUAUGUUAUCAACAACAUCAGCAAAAUCAGCACAACCAGUCGGACCUACACAAUUAAGUGAAGGUCUACCAAAGACGACAAUCUACUAUCCACCCUCAGAUGCUCAAAGCGCUCAAGCAAGCAGUGCUUUGAACCCCGAAGACAUGACACCUUAUCCUGAUUACUCAAAAGGACCAUCAGCAAUUCAAAAAGCUGCAAGCUUGUUCUUCUUUACCGAAAUCUUCCGAGGAAUGUGGAUCAUUUUGGAAAACUUUUUCCGUCCACCUUACACGAUCAUGUAUCCGUUCGAAAAAGGACCUUUAAGUCCUAGAUUCCGCGGUGAACAUGCUUUACGUAGAUACCCAACCGGAGAGGAAAGAUGUAUCGCAUGCAAAUUGUGCGAAGCUAUUUGCCCUGCACAAGCAAUCACGAUUGAAUCUGAACCAAGAGAAGAUGGAGCCCGUCGUACAACACGUUAUGAUAUCGAUAUGACAAAGUGCAUUUACUGUGGUUACUGUCAAGAGGCUUGCCCUGUUGAUGCAAUUGUUGAAACACAAAAUGCAGAAUUCAGUACUGAAUGGCGUGAGGAGUUAUUGUACAACAAGGAGAAGCUAUUGGCAAACGGUGACAAAUACGAAGCAGAAUACGCCUCCAACCUACAGCAAGACCACUUGUACCGCUAACUCUAACUUCUUUCUUUAAUUGAAUCAUUUCCGAUGAGAGAAAAGCGCAAAUGCGGCUUGUUGUUUGAAUGCAUCAUUGACGAUAUGACAACUGACUUAAUUAUUUGAAUGGGGCAUUCACGAUGAUAAGAUAAAUGCAAAAGUGGUGAUUUGAAUUGGUAAUGUAAAUGUGUGAUGCUACAAUAAAAUACAAGCGGAAGAA